GUCUUUUCUGUUGUGAACCUUAGAAAACCGAUUUUUGCGCAGACAUUCGUUAAAAUUUGCAGACUUCAUCGGCCGAUAUUUUUCCUUACUAUGUCGAUUCCGUGCUCAAUAUUUUAUAGAGAACAUAAAGCCCGCGGAUUCUUUUUUGUUCAACUCAAUUUUCGACCUGGCAUCUCUGUUUAUGAAACAUUCAUUCUGUUUUUCUAAUUCACUGCAGAGAUAAUUUAUGUUUGUUAUUAAAAUGUUGAUUAUUAAUAGUUAGUAUUCAUGAAUAUUUAUUCUAUUCUAUGUAAUGGAUACACCUGAAAUAUGUCGUGUUUGUAUGGAUGAUGAUGGUGAUAAUUUCACAUCGUUGUUUGAUUUAUCCAUGGGCUAUCGUCUAACUCAUGCCGAAAUUAUUGCGGAAUGUGCGGGAAUCGAAGUAGAAAAAGACGACGGUUUGCCGGGAGUUAUCUGUAAUGAUUGUCUUCGGGCAAUAAACGAAGCGUACAAAAUUCGUUCACGAUGUCGUAAUACGGACAGAAAAUUAAGGAAAAUUCUUCACUUAGGCUGCAAAAUAAUUAAGGAAACAUGCAAACCCUCAAAUGAAAAGAUCUUAGAAAAUAGCUCAAUUGAAUGCUGCUUUGAAAAAUAUUCUAUUGAAGAGAAGCAAAAAGAGGAACAUAUAGAGCAAGUCGAUCAUGAAGAAGGCGUUAAAUAUGAUUCCGAAAGAAUCCAAAAUGAUGUUCAUAAAAUUGCAGAAUGGUCACCAAUUGCAUUAAAAACAUUAGCAGAUAAAGCAAACAUUAAUAUUAGCUAUUCAACUGACCUGAAUUCUUCAAUUGAUAAGUUAUCAAUCCCAAUUGAAUCAACUGACGAUACAUUUGAAUGUGUUUCAGAAGAUCUCAAUAUAAAACCUGUCACUGAAACUUUAGACUCAUCCAAUCACCAAAACAAUUUAGAAUUAGUGGAUGUAUCGCUAGUUAUUGUUAAACAAGAAGAUAUUCGACAAAGUAUUGCAGCGUUUGAAGAGGAAUAUCUUAUCGAAGAACUCAAGGAAUGUGUUGAAGAACAUGUUCAUAGCGAAACAGAGUCUACAAGGGUUUCAGAAAAACUUGAACAAGAAGAUAUUCAGAGAGUCUCUCCAUUGAUUGCGGAUAGAGAAGAUGAAAAAUUCGUGAAACUGGAAGUACAAACCCUGGACAAUGAUGAGUACGAAGACUAUGAAGCAAUUGACGAGGACUUGGAUGCUAUAGAGUCUGAAGGAUUCACUCUGACGGAUGAAAAUGUUAGUUGCUGCGGAUGUCCGAUGGAGUUUGCUAAUAGUAAUGAGCUAAUGAUUCAUUCCAAGACUAUUCAUGUUCCCAAAGAUGACACGAAUACCGGUCCGGAUUGGUUUACAUGUGAUGUAUGCUAUACAAACCACAGCUCAUUGAGAGCUCUAAACCACCAUAAAACAAGUCGGAUGAAUAGAAAACUGCGGACAUGCGUCUAUUGCAAACUAGUACUACAAAGCGUUCGCAAACGAAAACAGCAUGAAAAAUUGCACAAAAUGCUACCGAAAGAUUUUGUGAUAAGUUGUUGCGGGUGUGAUGAAAUGAUACCUUUCAACCAAUUAGGUAUACAUUCGGAGCAAGUUCAUAGAAAAUCCGAGCAAGUAUUACGCUCUAAAUUUGUAUGUGAAAUAUGCUUUCUAGACUGUGGGUUUAAACUUACACUGGAAAAUCACCAAUCCAAACAAAAAAUUCCCAAGAUUACAAAAACAGCGAUAAGGCAUGAACGGGUGGAACAAAUAUUCGAAGCCCGAACUGCCGAUAUUGAUGGUAGGCAACGUUUUAUGUGUGAUAUAUGCGGAAAGCAUUUUUCAACUAAAGGAAACCUUAAAUCACACCGUAUAUUACAUGAAGCAACUGAAAAACCAUUUAAGUGUACACGCUGUGAUCGAGAUUUUUCUAGAAAAUGUAAUUUCAACGUUCACAUGUUGAGGGUACAUUCGACUGACAGUGCAUUUCGGUGUGCAAUAUGUAAUAAACGUUUCAAAUGUACUGCUAACUUGAAAACCCACAUUAGGGUUCACACAAAAGAGCGACCGUAUUCCUGUACGUUGUGUUCGAAAAACUUUGCGCAUCUUUCGGACAAGCGUAGACACGAAGUUGUUCACUCUGGAAACUAUCCGUAUAGAUGUGAUCUAUGUAGUAAACCAUUCACAAGGAAAACAGUACUCGAACGGCACAAGCAGAUUUGCAACAAAAAGGUAGAAAGGAUCAAAACAACUUCAAACGUUGUUUGCGAUAUGUGUGAGGAAUGCUUUGUUUCUGUAGAAGAUCUUAACAACCAUCGUGUGGAAAGACACACGCAAACGUUGCACGAUGGGGAUUAUGAGGCAGAAGUCGAAAUCGAAUGAUCUUCACGAAUAAGCAAACUGUUUGAAAUUAAAGCGAUUGUAAUAAAAAUCUAAUCUUAAUUCACCUAGUGGUGCAAAAAUGUCUGUAUCUUGGCAUUCAGAAAGCCUCAUUACCUAUGUAUUAUUGAGUUAUUUUUUACAUAAAUAUAGGUAGAUUCAAUAA